AUAGUUUCACUUCCUGCUGUUGAAUAUCUGGUUGAACGACUUAAGCUUAAUUUGUUAAACUCCAAUAAGUGCCUGUCCCACAUGGUUUGACUCAGAGAUUCUCUUUCGUCCACAGGCAAUCGUCUCAGGAGCAGAAAGAAAAGAGCUCCCAAAUGCUGUGGCUAUUCAGGGACUCUCAAGAACAAUGGAAUAUCCUGAUUUAGAAAAUUUGGAUGAAGACGGAUAUACUCAAUUACGCUUCAGCUCUCGAAACAAUACCAGGAUAUCCGUUGUUUCAGAGAAAGGAUCUUGUGCUUCAUCUCUUCCUUGGCGUCUCAUUGCUGUGAUUUUGGGAAUCCUCUGCUUGGUAAUACUGGUGACAGCUGUGGUCCUGGGUACCACGGGAGAUCUUUCCAGCCCUUGUCCUUCUAACUGGAUUAUGUAUGAGAAGAGCUGUUAUCUAUUCAGCAUGUCACUAAAUUCUUGGGAUGGAAGUAAAAGACAGUGCUCUCAACUGGACUCUAACCUCCUGAAGAUAGACAGUUCAAAAGAAUUGGGAUUUAUAUUAAAGCAAGUGUCUUCCCAACCUGAUAAUUCAUUUUGGAUAGGCCUUUCUCGGACCCAGACUGAGGGACCGUGGCUCUGGGAGGAUGGAUCAACAUUCUCUUCUAACUUAUUUCAGAUCAGAACCACAGCUACCCAAGAAAACUCAUCUUCCAAUUGUGUAUGGAUUCACAUGUCGAUCGUUUAUGACCAAUUGUGUAGUGUGCCCUCAUAUAGUAUUUGUGAGAAGAAGUUUUCAAUGUAAGGGAUAGGGUAGAGGAGGAGGAAGGAAAUACGUGAGCUAGUAAGGAGGACAGAAAGCAGAACAGAAAAGAGUAACAGCUGAGGUCAAAAUAAAUGCAGAAAAUGUUUAGAGAGCUUGGCAAACUGUAAUCUUACCCAAGAAAUUGGAGGGGGAAGCUGUGAUUUCUGUAUUUGUUGACCUACAGGUAGGCUAGUAUUAUUGUUCUAGUUAGUAGAGCUCUAGACAUGGAGUCAGGGCAGUCAAGCUUGAAUUUUUUUUUUUUUUUUCUUUUUUUGACAGAAUCUCACUUUGUUACUCAGGCUGGAGUGCAAUGGUGUGAUCUUGACUCACUGCAGCCAUCUUCUUACCUCAGCUGCCCCAGGUAGCUAGGACUACAGGUGCAUGUUACCAUGCCUGGCCAACUUUUGGUAUUUUUUGUAGAGACUGGGUUUUGCCACGUUGACCAGGCUAGUCUCCGACCCUGGGGCUCAAGUGAUUGCCUGACUUGGUCUUCCAAAGUGCCGGGAUUAUAGAUGUAAGCCAUCAUGCUUCAAGUUUCAUUUUGCCAUUGACUUGAUAUUUACCUGGGAUAAGCCAUAAGACAAUCUUAAUUCCUGGCUCUAUUGGAGUUGUUUUUAUACUCAAAUAUGUCAUUGAAGUGCAUGGUGUGUUGUCACAAUUUGUCCCUUAACUUCUAGCAGUAUAUCAGACAUGGAUUGAGGGUGAAAUAUAUUUCUGAAGAGCUGAAUGAAGAAAUGGAAAAAAAUCUUGACCAAUCAGAGCAAUUUUAUUAUUUUCAUCAAUAUGAUCAUAAUUAUGAUUAUCAUCAAAAAGCAGCAACUCCUACUUUUUCUUUAUCAAAUAACCCAGAAAGUAUGCCUGCCGUAUCUCUAAUAGAAUCUUGUAUAAUAUCUGAUUGUAUGGAAACUGCUCUCAAAGUUUUCUGCUUUUUAAAUACUAUCAAUCAAAAAAUACACAAAAUCUGUUGAUUAAUAUAAAAAAGUAACCAAUCUAAUUGGAAUAAGUAUUAACAUUUUGGAAUAUGAAACAUGUUUUAUUAGUUUCAUGAUGUACUAUUUUAUAAUUUUUACCAUUUUUUCAGUAAUUACUGUAAAAAGGUAUUAUUGGAAUGAAACUAUAUUUCCUCAUGUGCUGAUUUGUCUCUUUUCUUUUUUUUCAUACUUUCCCACUGGUGCUAUUUUUAUUUCCAGUGGAUAUUUCUAUAUUACUCGGGAGGCAUUUGCAGCCCUCUAAUGUUGAUUAAUAUGUGCAAAGAAAUUGUACAAAUUUCACUAAAUUAUUCACUUUAAAAUGGCUGAUUUUAUGUUAUGCGGAUUUCAUCUUAAUAAAAAAAGAAAACUCUUAUCAAAAAA